AUGCAUAUUGAUAGGGGUGAUAAAGGUAUGAGUGCAGUGAAUUCGGACAAUAAACAAAUCUCUAGUACCCUCUCUAUUGAAGCUGAAUCUUUUACUCCAGGAAAAAUGUGCAAUUCUGAUGAAAGUAAAAAUAACGCUAGGCUUUCCGGUGAACUUCCUAGCAUCUACACAGGUACUACUUCUCUUCAAGUGGAAGAAAGAGUAUCUAGAGGUGAAAAUAAAGAAGUAUUACUAUGUACAGUUCUUAUCAAGGCUUUAGAUUCUUCUGGGAGGUUUCAGUUAUGUCGUGCCUUAUUAGACCCUGGUAGUCAAGCUAAUUUUAUUACUGAAGAUUGUGUUAAUCGACUUGGAUUAGGUAGAAAAAAGGCAAACAUAGCGGUGUCAUGCCUUGGCGCUACUGCCGCUCGUACUAAUGGUCUUGUAGACUUGGAGUUUUCUCCGCAUUUCGAUUCUAAGCCAAAGCUUAAAAGUUCAGCAUUUGUAAUGAAUAAAAUUGUGGGAAAUCUACCGCACACAUCAAUUGAUGUUAGAAUUCAAGAAGCCUUCAAGGAUCUAGUACUCACAGACCCCUCUUUUCAUAAGUCAACUCGAAUUGACAUUUUGCUUGGUAUAGAUAUUUUCCUUCAAGUGUUAAAAGGUGAAAUUAGCAACAGAGGUCAUGGUUAUCCCUCAGCAGUUCGUUCUUCUUUUGGCUGGAUCAUUUCAGGAUCUGUCAAUUUAUUUAGGGAUAAUGUUCCACUUGUGUUAAAUAAUAUAGAUAUUGAUACUAAUGAACUUAUUUCUAAGUUUUGGGAGUUGGACUCGGUGCCAUUUGUUAGUUUUCUAUCAAGUGCUGAGAAGGCUUGUGAGGAACAUUUCAAAAAUACUCAUUCUAGGGCUGAAGAUGGAAAAUACAUAGUAAAAUUGCCUUUCCACACCUCUCCAACAGAAUUAGGUGAAUCUAGACAGCAUGCUUUACGCAGGUUGAAUGCAGUUGAACGUUCCUUAAGCUCAAACCCGGCAAAAUAUAAACAGUACCAGGAUUUUAUGAAGGAAUAUCUUGAACUGAAACACAUGGAACCAGUUCCCGAAACUGAUUAUGCAAAGAGUGAAGCAUAUUACAUUCCUCAUUUUCCAGUUUUGAGAGAGUCUAGUACAACAACGAAAUUGAGGGUGGUGUUUGAUGCAUCGUCCAAAUCAUCAUCAGGAUGCUCCCUAAAUGAUCUAUUGAUGGUGGGCCCACGCUUGCAGUUGGAAUUGUAUCCCAUUCUACUUCGAUUCAGAACAUUUCCAGUUGCAGUCUGUGCCGAUGUGGAGAAAAUGUUUCGAUAA